AUGGCAUCGUGGAACUUCAGAGCAUCUUCCUCAUCACAAAACAUUGAUGAACAAGAACCUUUGAUACUAGAUAAUGUUGAUGAUUUCAGCACAAAUGAUGAAAUGAACAACUUACUUCGCAAUGAACACGGUGAUGACGAUCAAAUGACACAGUCAUCUCAGCAUGUCAUUCCAAAACUGCAUGAGCGUAUGCAAUUCCAAUCAAAGGAGGAAAUUGUUGCUGCAAUCAAACAAUAUCACAUCACCAACGGUUACAAAUACAGCGUUGUUGAAUCCAAGCCUAACAUCUAUGUUAUUCGAUGUCUAGAAUACCACAACAGCUGUCAAUGGCGAUUGAGGGCAGGCUAUAGCAAAGUCCAUAAAUAUUGGGAAAUCAAAAAUAUUGAGGGUCAACAUACCUGUUUCUCAAACAUACUAUCUCAAGAUCAUACAAAUCUUGAUAGUACUCACAUUGCCGCAAUUGUAUCAAAUUAUGUCCGCACAAACCCCUCCAUUCUCAUCAAAAGUUUGAUUGUAGAUAUUAAAGCUCGAUUCGGAUAUUCCGUGUCAUAAAGAAAAGCUUGGAUCGCAAAGUAAAAGGCUCUUGCUAUGGAGUUUGGUGAUUGGGAAGAGUCUUAUAACCAUCUACCGAGGUGGUUGCAUGCGGUGAAGAAAGCAAACCCUGGUACAAUAUCACAGUGCACUGGUUCUCCAGUGGAGAUUGAUGAACAAACAGACAAUAAUUGCUACAUUAUGGAAAGAGCUUUUUGGUCUUUCGAUCCUUGCAUACAAGGAUUCAAAUAUUGUAAACCCAUUCUCCAAGUCGAUGGGACAUUUCUAACGGGCAAAUAUCAUGGAACUUUGCUCACCACCAUGAGUCAGGAUGGCAAUAAAAAUCUUUUUCCAGUAACAUUUGCAAUUGUAGAAGGUGAUACAAAAGAGGCCAUGAUAUGGUUCUUUCAACUACUUCGAGAACAUGUUUGCGCUCAACCAAAUAUUUGCAUCAUCACUGACAGAGGAAAGGGUAUCUUAUCCACCUUAAGAUCAGAAGAAGUUGGUUGGGAAGAAGAUGGUUUGAACUCUAUUUAUUGCAUACGUCAUCUAGCUUCCAACUUCAACAACAAAUUCAAAAAUCACGACCUCAAAAAGCAAUUCAUCAAUUUAGUUAACAUAACUGUACAAAAUUACUACAUCCGUAUAGCUUACGAGUUCAAGCAACCUACUGUUACAGCAAAGCUUAUUGCACUAAGACACCAUUACCCAUACCAAGUUGCUUGGAUAGAUAAAAUUCCAUUAAAUAAAUGGUCUCAAGCUUUUGAUGGAUGGAGAAGAUAUGGACAUAUGACCACUAAUCUUGCUGAUGCAUGA